UGCUAUUCGAUCAGCUGUUCGCCUAGCGCAAUCAUGUCUAACACACGAGUUGGAUAAAGAAGAGCAAAAUGUUAAGGGCCGCACUGAACUCACCGGAAAUCGUACGCCUUGGAAAUGUUGCAGUACUUACGGCGGUUGGUAGUUGUAUAGGCCUUCUAUAUAUGCAAGAGCGGACCCGCAAGAAAUUUAAGCAAAGCGAGUACUUUCAGAAAACUAUGCGCGUUCUGCUGGAAAACCAAAGCGCAAGAACCCUACUAGGUGAACCAGUUAUAUUUGGCAACGUUAAUCUAUACGAUCCUAAUUUGUUUUAUGUAACGGCCGAGAAGGCGAAACUCGUUAUACCCGUCAGAGGUUCAAAGCGGAAAGGCGUAGUCUACUCUUGGUGUGUCCGACACGUAGCUCCGAUGGUUUCUACAAGGAACAACAGUGACAUGGAGGCCGUAGCGAACACUGCACCGUUACUACCAAAUGAAAAAACGUCAGUAGACAGCGAGGCUGGAGCAGUAACGCAGCUGGAAGAAAGCUCCGAAAAGAAGCUAUCUCAAUGGCGUGUGAUGCGCGUUGAGAUACUGCUUGAACAGGCAAAGGACAAAAGGCUGCUCGUGUACAAAACUCCAGAAGGAGACGAAAAUUUUGUUGACACCUUUGAUGACUUCAAACUAUGCACUAGAGAUUCAAAAGUCCUCAGAGGUUGAAUCUCGCCGAAAUCAUACAUAAGUUACAUGAAUGAAUGAAAUACUGCUGACACAUGUAUAUUUAGAACGGUUCACAAAAAAAGUAGUCUUUGUAUCUCGUACAGAACUUAGAGUUUGGAUAAAAAAAAAAGCAGUUUUCGCAUGUAUUACUUUUAUAACUAUAUUGUAGUAGCAGUGGCACAACUUAAGGAAAUAAUUACUUAAAGAUAAAACUCUGCACAUAUGUUGUUACAUGUAUAUAUUAUACGCAAUGUUUUCGACGAUAAAACUCCUCGAUUUUAUGUCCUAUAUCGUUAUUCCAAACAGGAUCAAUAUCGCCGUUAUCGACUUUAGCGCAAUAAACUAAAGGAAGGCCAAAGUAAAAAUUGAUUUUUAUGUCUACUAUACGUAUUGGAAUAUGGAAAUAUCUAUAUUAAUAUGCUACAACGUUUUACACUGUUAUUACUAUCAGAUUCACUGCAUUUUCCCUUCUGUCAGUCUCGUUUGCUGGACUGUAUAUAGCAUAGAGAAACGUCUCGAGUGAAUGCUUUAACAUAGUCAAUAAAUUAUUUGUUACCAUUUGUUUAUUAACAUUUAUUGGUAACUUGUUAUGGAACGGGGGGCGGGGGCACUUUGUCGCAGAUAGGUGAAAAAAACGAUCACCUUUGCAGAUCUGGACUUGUUUUAAGAACUGACUUUAGGUUUGAACCACAACUUAUCGAGACGAGGGCAAUGGUAUACCAACAAACUGCCUACGGUUUAUAGAUUCUGUUGUGUUAGUGAUCGCUUCUAGUUGCCGAUAGAUUGGCUGAAGACGCUCUGCGCAGUGCAAGUUUUUAUGCCUUUAUUGCGUACUAGUCACUGUUGUUUGACCAAUAGAUACCCAUAGUACAGGAUAGUGAUUAGUACGGAAUGGCAGAUAUGAAAAGGCUAUAUGAAGAGCUUUAAAGAGCCCUUUGUCUUAGAAUACAUCCUUAGUCAGUAGGUCUAACACAAGUGUUAUAAUGAUAGCUGUAUUGUCGAAAAUGUCGAAAAAAAAAAUCGACAGCGUUAUAUAACUCACGCUUCUCAAAGUUACCGCCAUUAGUUACUGCUAAAUAUAUGCUUGCUUAGAAAAAAAAACUGUCUAACAGCAUAACGUACUGUGUUUUAUUUCCUAA